UUAUUUGACAAUAGAGACCGUGACAUAUAAUCAUCUAGAGAAAGAAAACACUUUGGCAAUUGAAAAAUGGCGUGUACGCUCGUUGUGCAUGAAGAUUCUGAAGAAGAAUUUCGCGUCGAUGGAUUUAAAAGCAACACGAGUUACACUGUGCUGUUUUACAUAAUUGGUUUUUUAAGCGUUGGGUUGAUUUUUCUUCUUGGGUAUUGGUAUCCAGUUCGAAGAAUGAAAUUCACUCAUUCUAAAUGUGCUCUUGAGGAGGCGACAACUCUGCUGAUCAAGCAGACACAUGGUGGACAGUUGUAUUUGAGCAAAAUGAAGACAGUAAAUUACAGUAAAGAACACAAAGAAUUAAAGGAUAAACAAUUUUCUAAUUUUGAAUUGGAACUUUUAUCAAGAUCGUGUUUUAAAUAUUUCGAACAUAAAUUCUUGCGUUAUUACUUUAACUCCAAGUAUGAUAGAGCAUUUGAAAUUUCUGGACUAGAUGAAAUUCUCACAGUGAAGGAAAUAUAUGAAAUUUCACAAGGAUUGUCGCGUGGUUCGUGUUUACAGAAAUUAAUCCUUCAUGGAGAAAAUUUCAUCAAUGUUCCAGUUCGUUCCUACUUUAUAGUCUUCAUACAACUUGUUGCUGAUCCGUUUUAUGUUUUUCAAGUUUUUAGUGUUUCUCUUUGGUACAGUGACAACUAUAUAUACUAUGCUAGUGUGAUCGUUCUGAUGACAUUAUUUUCACUUAUACUAAACACCUAUGAAACUAAAAGCCAUCUGCAGAAACUCCAUGAUAUGGUAGCUGAUGCAUUUAAUGUGAAGAUUUUAUCACGUGGAGAAAACGGAGUUGAUGUAACUUCUAAAUCUUCAAAGGAUUUGGUUCCUGGCGAUGUUCUAGUAAUCCCACCAGAAGGUCUCCAUCUUCCUUGUGAUGCCGUUCUCUUAAACGGACGAUGUGUUGUAAAUGAGAGCACCCUGACAGGAGAGAGUUUUCCAACUACCAAAACAGGCAUUGAUGGCAUGACUUCAGCGAGUGGAAGCGUGUUGACGGAAAUAUUCUCAGUAAACAUGCAUAAAAGACAUACUUUAUAUAACGGGACAGAAAUUCUACAAGCUCAUUUUUAUGGGGAAGACACGCGAAUUCUUGCUGUAGUCAUUCGCACUGGAUUUUGUACGUUAAAGGGACGUUUAAUUCGUUCAAUCAUCCACCCAAAACCAGUUCACUUCACAUUUUUCCGAGAUUCGAUGAAAUUUAUUUUAUUUCUUGGUUUCCUUGCAUUUUUUGGUUUUGUUUAUACCAUCAUCAUAUUUAUAAGACACGGUGAGCCCCCAGGUGUUAUAGCAAGAAAAUCACUAGACGUAUUUACAAUCGCAGUUCCGCCGGCUUUACCCGCAUGCAUGUCUAUUGGAUUAAUGUACGCUCUCCAUCGUCUACGAAAAAAGCGGAUUUACUGCAUCGAUCCGGCACGUGUAAAUGUUUGUGGUAAAGUGAAGAUGUUUGUGUUUGACAAGACUGGAACAUUAACUGAAGAUACAUUGGCUGUUUCGGGCGUGGUCAGAUUGGAGGACAAUGUUGCCCAACCAAUGGAGCAUUCUGUUAAUACGAUACGAGACUCUAGUCUUGUAAAAGCAAUGGCUUGCUGUCACAGCUUAACUAUCUUUAAAGGACAGUUAAUUGGUGAUCCUCUCGAUUCCUAUAUGUUUGAUUUUACAAAAUGGAAAAUCAAUGAACCAAGCGAUGAAUCUGGUUCGAAGUACCAGCUACUCGCCCCUGUUACGGUUUCUCCUCCAAAAAUAAUUUCUGCUACUGAUGCUUCACAAGAGACAGUCUUUGACGGUGAUAUAGAGAACGCAAAAGAGAUUGGUAUUUUGAAACAGUAUCCGUUUGAAUCGUCUUUACAAAGAAUGAGUGUGAUCACAAAACAACUUGGCCACUCCAAUAUGACGGUAUAUGCUAAAGGCUCUCCAGAGAUGAUACUUUCUUUUUGUCAGGAGGAAAGCAAACCAGUCGGGAUUUUGGAUAUACUGAUGGAAUUCACAAAAGCGGGGAGUAGAGUUCUCGCUGUUGCAACUAAAAAUUUACCUUCAUCAACAAAAUGGCAUCAUUUAAAAAAAUUGUCUCGAUCUGAAGUCGAAUCUGAGUUGCAGUUUCUUGGAUUGAUCAUUUUUGAGAACGUUUUGAAACCAGCUUCUAAAAAUGUUAUUAAAACUUUAGAAAAUGCAAACAUCAGAACAAUCAUGGCGACUGGCGAUAAUCUAUACACAGCAGCUUCUGUUGCCAGGGAAGUAGACAUUGUCAAGUCAUAUCAAAAGAUUAUCGAAGUUAAAUUCGGUGAGGAAGAUAAACUGACCUACGAUGUCUUGCAACGUGAGGAUAGUGAAGUUUCUAAAACUUUGGACGCAGUUGUAAAUGUAGAGUACAACAAUCUUGACUACACUGUUGCUCUGAAUGGUAGCACGUUUAUGCGUCUAAGGGAGAAAUACGCAGGCUUGUUGCCGAAAAUUUUAAUGUCGGCCUCUAUUUUUGCUAGAAUGUCUCCAGACCAGAAAACCAUUCUUGUUGAAGAUUUGAAAAAGAUUGGAUAUGGAGUGGGGAUGUGUGGAGAUGGUGCGAACGAUUGUGGUGCACUUAAAGCUGCACAUGCAGGAAUUGCUCUUUCCAACACAGAGGCUUCAGUUGCAUCACCUUUCACAUCAAAAGUAUUCGACAUAUCUUGCGUUCCACUGUUGCUAAAGGAAGGAAGAGCAGCACUAGUGACGUCAUUUGGUAUUUUCAAAUACAUGGCAUUGUAUAGUUUCCUGCAAUUCAUUGGAGUUCUCAUAUUAUACUCAAGCAACUCUAAUUAUUCCGAUUUUCAGUUUUUAUAUGUUGAUUUGUUCUUGAAUCUGCCAUUGGUUGUAACUAUGAUACAAUCUGAAGCCAGUGAUAAAAUGACCAAGAAACGUCCACCUGGUAAAUUAGUUCAUCCAAUAUUUCUGGGAGGUAUUCUUCUUCAAACUCUCAUCCUGUUCAUUUUUCAAUUUGGUGCAUUUAUUUAUGUCAGACACAUCUAUUGGUACAAACCGCCUUCUUCUUUUAAAGAGAACGAAAAAGAAGAAUUAAAUUUUGUCAGUUAUGAGAAUGUUGCAGUGUUAACCGUGUCAUAUUUUCAAUACAUCUGGUUAUCUGCAGUGUGCGCCUCAGGAAAACCAUAUCGCAAGCCACUCUACCUCAACUACAAAUAUGUGUUAAUGUUUAUUUGUGCUACCAUAUUUACUACCUACAUAUCCCUGGAUCCACCAGAAGCUAUUCGAAAGUUAUUCCUGAUCGCGUCCGUACCAAGCUGGAAAUUUUUGCUGUCGUUGGUGCUGAUCUCUUUUGGUCAUUUUUACGUGUCCUAUGUUGUGGAGAAGAUAUUCUUACCAUCUGCAAUGGUAAAACGUCUAAGCGAUUAUGUUCGAGGCAAAAAAGAGCCUCGUAAUGAAUAUAAACAUAUUUAUAACACGUUGAAAAAUAAUUCUGAUUGGCCACCGUUAAAGAGACUAUCUUGUGAUGAAAGUGAGCCUUAAUUCGCGCUUUUGUAGCACUUCCCGCGUUUAUAAAACCGCAGGAAAAGCGCGUUUAAGAAAUUUAGUAAAACAUUAGACGCAGAUAAUAACAAGUUUAGUUAAACAAAGCAGAAAAGUAAAUUUCUAUUUGUAGAAAAAAAAAUUCACGUCUAUUGAUACUUUUCUGAUACUCCGUUGUAUGUGUUUUUAAAAGGACUACAAAAUGGGCUGUUUAGAGUGACUUACACAAAAGUAAAGCUAACAGCGGUGAAAAAGGUUAUGAGCACUAACGACAAAGACAACACCUAAAAUCAUCUUAAAUAUCACUUUGGACAUCUCAGUAAACUUCAAGAUAGCUAGCCAUAUUCUAGUUAGCUAUCUUGAAAACAGAUUGUAACUUAUUUUACAGCAAAACAAAGCAACAACAAAAGUAGCAAAUUUCGUCAUUAAGAAAGUAAAUACAGUCUACUCUGGAUAAGUUGAAACCCGGGUAAGUGGAACUUGCGUUUAGUGGAACCAAUUUCCCCAAUCCCUUGGAUUUGCAUUAUAUCGGAUAAGUCGGAUAAGUGGAACCAUUUUUUGGUCCCUUGAGCAAUAUUUAUUCCUAUAAGUGGAACUUUUCCAAAAGAAAAAUCAUCUACAGUACGUUCGAAUCAUUUUAAUCAAAGCACUUCUUUUUUCGAAUGCAAAAAUUUGAGUAAUGAAAACAUUAAAAGUAAUGAAAACAUAAAAAUUUAUCAGCCGUCACAUUUUAAUUCUUCGGUCUACUGAGAUUUCAGAUAAGAGAGAAGUUCAACAAGUGAAACUUUUUUUCGGUUUCAUAGAGGUUCCACCUAUUAAGCAAUUCGGAAAGUGGAACAUUCAAUAAGUGGAACCAUUUUUUUGUUCCCGUGGAGAUUUAACUUAUCGUGAGCAGACUGUCUCAAUUAAUAAACAACCUUUCGUAUAAAUUUUGCCAAGAAUUUACUUGACAAUGAACCAAAUUUGAUUUUUUGGCAAGCAUUUAACUUGGCGAUGGCAAUUUUGACUUAAAUUUGACGUGUAUUUAAUUUGACGAUGGAAAGAUUUUCUUUAAGUUUUUAUGUUGCUUGCAAAUUUUAACUUAAAAAAAUUGAGGACAUAGAGAUAGAACAAACGAUUUUUUAAACAUGAACAUGCUUUAUAUUAAAACCAAAAGAAGUCAUGUAAAAUUUAGCCUAGUUUUCUUUUGUCACUUUUUUUUUCUGUAAAAGAGUUGAAUUUUUAUGCACUGGAUUUGGAGAAAGAUAAAAAAAAUGACAAACUUUUAUUUUGACGAUAAAUGAAAAAAAAAUUUGGCAAGCACUUAAUUUUGGGGUUUAGACCAAGAUCGCCAAAAUUAGUGCUUGCCAAAAUUUGUAUAAGGUAGUUGUAAAGUGCGUAUAAUUUCUUGUUAUUUGGACUUUUUUGAGUGACCGCAUGUAAAUACUUUUUCAAUUAAAUAUGCCAUCGCUUUCUAAACUAAAAAAUUAUGUACCUCGUAUACCCUCUGUUGUAUUAUAUUAAAACUAUAUCAUUCACUAUGUUGUCAAUUGGUUUAUGAAUAUAUUCUAGUAUUUUUGGCC